ACCCUCUACUCCUCCACUGGCUGCAGCCUCCCCACGCAGACUCUCUAGAGAAACCCGGCGACACCCUCCACACCCCGGCGGCGAAAAUGAAGUACAAUCCACGCGUCUCCUCCUCCCGGCGCAAGAGCCGGAAGGCGCAUUUCACCGCGCCAUCUAGCGUCCGACGUGUCCUGAUGAGCGCCCCGCUCUCCGGCGACCUCCGGUCCAAGUACAACGUCCGUUCCAUGCCUGUGCGCAAGGAUGAUGAGGUUCAGGUGGUUCGUGGCACAUACAAAGGCCGUGAAGGUAAGGUGGUACAGGUCUACCGUAAGAAAUGGGUCAUCCAUAUCGAGCGGAUCACUCGUGAGAAGGUUAAUGGAUCCACCGUCAACGUCGGUAUUCACCCCUCCAAAGUAGUUAUCACCAAGCUCCGCCUUGACAAGGACCGGAAGUCGCUUCUUGACCGCAAGGCGAAAGGACGGGCCGCCGCUGACAAGGACAAGGGGACCAAGUUUACCGCUGAGGACAUUAUGCAGACCAUCGAUUGAUGGUUCAAUUAAUUGAGGUACCAACUUUGGACUUAGAGGGUGUUCGGAUGAGCUCAUAAGAGUGAUCGAUAAGUGCCGCCCACUGGGGAGGAUGAAACGGCUCCUAGUUGUAAAGUUGCACUCAGAUACUGUAUUUUCUGUGCCUAAAACUCAAGAACUCUGUUUCAACAACUGGUAUAGUUUCAUGCUUCUGGCCCAUUGAUGUUAAUACGGUGACCUUCCUUGCGUUCUAGGGGCCAUUGUGGAAGAAUGCAAAAAUUGUUAUAGGCCACCAUUUUAGGCUGUUAGCUACAAACGCAAUCUUGAGGUUGCUGUUAUUUGGACUCCUUGAUAACCUGAGUUUGGUUGCAUCUUUUAUGUUUUGGUGGUUUU